AUGCAUCAACGCCAGUGCGCGGAAACGCUGCAUCAACGCCAGUGCGCCCUAGCUAAUUCGCUGCUGCAUCAACGCCAGUGCGCGGAAACGCCAGUGCGAUUUACAGUGCGUCAACGAUUGUGCACAUCUUCUUCCCAGAUUUAUAAAGGCUUGCUUGAAAAUGGUCGUUGGGUUGUUGUUAAAAGAUUCAAUAGGUCUGCUUGGUCUGAUUCGCGCCAAUUCUUGGAUGAGGCAAAGGCAGUGGGGAAUCUGAGGAGUGAGAGAUUGGCAAAUCUAAUUGGAUGUUGCUGUGAAGGGGAAGAAAAAUUGCCGGUGGCUGAAUUCAUGCCUAAUGAAACCCUUGCAAAGCAUUUGUUUCACUGGGAGAAUCAACCUAUGAAAUGGGCGAUGAGGUUGAGGGUCGCUUUUUACCUAUCACAAGCUUUGGAAUACUGCAGUAGCAAAGGUCGGGCGUUAUAUCACGAUCUUAAUGCUUACAGAAUCUUAUUUGAUCAGGAUGGUAAUCCUAGACUCUCUUGCUUUGGCUUGAUGAAGAACAGUAGAGAUGGAAAGAGUUACAGUACAAACUUGGCUUUCACUCCCCCUGAGUACUUGAAAACAGGUCAAAUAUGA